CACCUACCCGGUGGAGAUGAGCUGGGAAACUGAAGACUGAAGGAACAGCUCCCUCUCUGAUCCUGACUGUCUGACCUGUUCUGUCAAAAUCCUUCAUAUUAGCCACAAAGUCAGAAAAAUCUGUUCGUAAAAUUACGUUAUAAUGACCAAAUACAAUGAAAAGUAUUUUUCCAGUCUCACCUGUGAAAGGUAAUCCCAUGUGAUCUCGUUUGGACGGUAAACCUGUUGGUACAGUUAAACGCAGCACAUUAAUGAGGCAUCUUUAUUCUCGGCUACUGUCUAGACGCUAUACCAGAGACGGUUGAAGAAUCUCCACUUUGCCACAUCCAAUAUGGCGGCGAGGAUGACGUAUGAUUCUACGCAGAAUGCGACGUCUAUGUUUAUGUCUAUGGUGUGUGUGUUGUUUUGGCCGACACAGUGAUGGUGCUCAAAGCUGGGAGCUCCCUGGAUCUUCCAUUAAAAUCUCCAGUAGAAUCAGGGUUAUUAGUUCAGUGGGCCUUCAAUAAGAGCACUUUUGCUGAAUACAGUACAGACCAAAAUUAUACAUUUCUGGAAUCACAGUUCACUGGACGGUUAAAGGGGGAUGAUGAUAAAGUUGGAGUAACUGUACAAGAUCUUCAACCUCAAGACUCUGGAACCUUUGUAGUGACUGGAGAUAGCAUUAAAACACAGCUUCCAGCACAGAUAUUUAAAGUUUAUAUUCAGAGUCCUAUAACAGCUGUGCAGAUUGAGAAGACUCAAACAUGGCUGACAUCCAACAACAGUUGUGAAGUUGUUGUGAAGUGUGCAGCACCCGGAGCUGAGAGGGUCUCCUACUCAUGGAGCGGCUAUCAGACUGCAAGUGGAGCUCAGCUGCAGUUCAGUCUCUCACCAGCAGAAGGAGCUGUUACACUGAACUGUACUGCAGCUAACAGCAUCAGCUACAGUUCUGCUUCAGAGACACUGAGCUGUAGCACCAACACAGGAGCUCCAUUGUCAGUGCUCAAACUGAUCAGUAGUCUUGUGGCGGCCUCUCCCUAUCUGCUGGUGACGAUCAUUCUGGGAGUAAAAUGUUACAGAGCACACGGUCAUCAUAACAGCCAGGAUGCUGUAACUGUAAUUGAGGAAUAAGUGCUUGGCUCUUUGUGGUUCAGCAUAUUUUCCUGUUCUUAUGUUUGCACAUUUCUGGAUUGAGUGCUCUUAUGAUUGCUGGGGAAACUCAGUUUUCACUCUUUCUUCAAGCUCUCUGGUUCGUCUUCCAGUCCCUUGUAUUUGAAAAGAUCCUAGUCUUUCUUCCUUGGUCAUUUGAUUGCCACACUUAUCACAUCUAUCACAAUAUUCUGCUCCAUUUAUAUUCUCAGUGUCUGUUUGUUUUACUGUACUGGUUAUCUGCCUGUAUCUGGAGAUCACACAGGAUUUUUGUUGACUUCUGCUGCUCUGUGUGAUUCCACUUGUGAGGAAAUACGACUGUCCAAACCAUAUUCAUGUUCAUCUGUCCCUGUACACAAGCCUAGCCAUGUUUACUGCAGCUAAUAUCAUAAAGUGCUGUAAAAGACGACAUGUUUGUGUCAUCUGAUCAAGGAUCUGUGAACAGAGGAGGAUUUGAACAUUAGAGUCUCUUUACAUUUAAAUAAACUGCUCCAUUUGCCCUUUAUCUGUUUUUGCACUUUUGUGAAUGAUGUCUGGAUAGUUUCUGACUGUAUUUUUAUCUACUGGACUCUUGUAUUUAUUAAUAAACCUCCUGGACAUGGAUCCUCACACAU